GCGUUUACUCCUAACUAGUUUGCCGAUCGAGCCCGGGCGACGUGAGAUACGAGCGGCGUCGACCGGCGCCGGCGAGCCUCCGCAGCCGCAGCCGCCCGAUCUGGGUUUUCUUUCGUAGCGGUAGCGGAAGAUGAGCCAGGACCAGGAGAACGGAGGCACCAACGGGCAGCACGCCGCCGACGUGAUGGAGGUGGAGCCGAAGCGCCGGGCGCCGCGGCUGAACGAGCGCAUCCUGUCGUCGCUGUCGCGGAGGUCCGUCGCCGCGCACCCCUGGCACGACCUCGAGAUCGGUCCUGAAGCUCCGGCCGUCUUCAACGUCGUCGUGGAGAUCACCAAGGGGAGCAAGGUGAAGUACGAGCUGGACAAGAAGACGGGGCUCAUCAAGGUGGACCGGAUCCUCUACUCGUCCGUCGUCUACCCUCACAACUACGGCUUCGUGCCCCGGACGCUCUGCGAGGACAACGACCCCAUGGACGUCCUCGUGCUCAUGCAGGAACCCGUCCUUCCCGGCGCCUUCCUCCGCGCCAGGGCCAUCGGCCUCAUGCCUAUGAUAGAUCAGGGAGAGAAGGACGACAAGAUCAUCGCCGUCUGCGCCGACGACCCCGAGUACCGCCACUACAACGACAUCAGCGAGCUCUCCCCUCACCGCCUCCAGGAGAUCCGCCGCUUCUUCGAAGACUACAAGAAGAACGAGAACAAGGAGGUGGCCGUCAACGACUUCCUGCCCGCCGCCGCUGCCCGCGAAGCCAUCCAGUACUCCAUGGACCUGUACGGCCAGUACAUCAUGCAGACCCUGCGGCGGUAGAGCGUGUCCUACCAGAUCCCAUGCGAGCUGAGCUGACGCAAGAGCACAGAUCGACAGAAUCCUUGUGGUCUCGUCUCAUGCAUGGAUAGCCAGGUCACAUGGCUUGUCGACGACCAUGCAUCUCUUCUUCCCAGCGAUUUUAGCCUGUAUCUUCCCUUAUUUAUAGUCUUUUGGGUUUGGUGGAAUCUGUCCACAGUGUGGUUUGAUCUAUGUACUCCUCUUCUACAUUUCUACCAGAACGAAUCGAUGAGAUUAAUAAUAAUGUUACUACU